ACUUCCACCUAUGACAUGGAGAUGAAGGGAAGUCAGUGUGUGCAGAGAUCACAUGGCAGGAGGAAGCAAGAGAGCAGGGAGGUUCCAGGCUCUUUUUUAACAACCAGCUCUAGCAGGAACUAAUGAUUAAGAACUUACUAAUUACCAUGAGGAUAACACCAAGCCAUUCAUGAGGGAACCUCCCCCAUGACCCAAACACCUCCUGUUCAGCCCCACCUCCAACAUUGGGGGUCAAAUUUCAACAUGAGGUUUGAGGGAGAAACAAACAUCCAAACUAUAGCACUCUAUUUGUUCUUCAUUCCUGGAGGAUAUUUUCACUAGGUAUAGAAUUCACAGUGGACAAUUUGCCUCUUUCAGCACUUAAAAUAUGCUGUGCCACUUUCUUCUGACCUCCAUGGUUUCAAAGGAGAAAUAGUCAUUUCAAUUGAUUUUCUCCUAUAAGUAAUAUUUCAUUUGUCUCUGGCUGCUUCUAAGAUUUUUUUCUUUGUCACUAGUUUUCAGAAGUUUAAUAUAUAUAUAAUGGAGACAAAGUACAAAUUCCUGACAAGGAGGUAUAGUCUCAGUCCUUCAUAUAUUUUCAAUCAAGUGAGCUUGUUGGUGGCAGGGAGUAUGUUUUACUCACUGUUGUAUCACUAUACUCAUUGUCAGCACUUACCAUUUUCUGGCAUAGGGCAGGCACUCAAUAAAUGUUAGCUGACUGAAUGAGGAGGCAGAAAGAAAGAACUAGAAAACAGAGAGUAAAAGAAGACAGGGCAAGAGAGAUCAUGGGCCCAAGACAGGAAAGAGAAAGACGAGAGAGGAAGGCAUUGAACCCUUGAAGAAACCAAAGUGUCCUGUGUGGGACUGGCAUGGAGGGCCGCAGCGUCUAUAAAAGGGGUAGAUGUAAAAAACCAGCCCUCUGGCCCUAAUAAAAACUACUCACGGACAUUUGUCAAACUGACAUCAUAGCACAAGCAGCAAUCCAUGGAUACAGCUUGAUACAUUUGGUUUAGCUUAAAUGUCCCGGAUUGGUUUCAGAGAGAUACAAAAUCUCAACCGUGGUCCUCUUAUACCCAGACUUUUGGACCACUUUCCCAACUCUGAGGCGCUGAAGCCUCGUGCGCAUGCGCGUCCAGGAAGGCCACGUGGUCACUGCUCCUCUGCCCCCACCGCAGCCCCCCCUGACUCCGACGGUGACGCUCAUUGGGGCGACGCUGUCGCCCGUUGUGGACAUCAGCUUUCCAGCCUGGAGCACAGCAUUGUGAGAGGCGUGUCCUGGGGGACAGGUUACCCUGGUAACCAUGGCCUUGGCGGCAGGCCAGACCUGAUCAGGGCACAGGGCAAGAAGGGUGUGUGUGAAGAGAAGAAACGACAACAGCCUUCGACUCCAGCCCCCAGCCCCCUGGGGGCUGAUGGGUGGCCAUGGAGCUGUACCUCAGGAACUGCUAUAAGAAUGUCGAAGCCGCUGCCAAAAAGGCGGCCGCCAGCAACCUAAAUGCAGACAAGGAACACUGUGGCACCAGCACAAAGAAAAACCCCUUUCCAGAGGUCGGGGCAUCUCACCUACUGGAUCUGCCUCUUGGGGUCAAACUGCCGGUUAUCCCAGGAAGCAAUAGUGUAUUCUAUACUACAAAUAUAAGUGAAAAGCUUUAUCAACCUUCUUAUGGUUUUAAUUUGACUGAUCCUUACUGCCGACUUUUGGAAACCAGCUAUAAAAGUCUACAUGAUCCACAUUUAAAAACAUACUAUAAGCGAAAAGAUAUCCUCAGGAGGUUAAGAAAAGAUGGCUACAUCACCACCAAUAACAAAGUUAUAUGUUCCUUGAAGGAACUGAAUAAGUACAGGCAUUAUCUGAGCAGUUUAAAAGUAGACUUUGAAAGAAAUUAUAUAAAAGAACAAAAAAUGAUCGAAAAACAAGUAAAGAAAUUAUACGAAACCAAGAGAGCUAAUGAAAGUUAUAAUGUUGCUCGAUUCCAAAAAUGGUUAUUACAGGAAAGUGCACGAACAACUCCAGUGCAACGACGGUUAGUAAAACACAGACAUUUAGAUAUGGUUGGUAAGGAAAUGGACAAGAUUGAACACACUGCAGAAAAACGGAGUGCACUCCGGAUGAAGGAAGAAGAAAGCCGACAUCGGGACCACAUAAGAAGAAAACUUCAUCUCCGUAGACAAAUUGAAGAGGAAUGGAAGGCAAAAGAACUGUCACUUCUAACAAAGAUUGGAGAAGAAGUAAAAAGAGAAGCAAGAAUUGAAGAACGACGUCAAAAAUUCCGAGAAGAAACUAACCGGAAGAAACAAGUACUUCUAGAGAAAAAAAUCGCUUAUCAUUUACAAAAAAUGCAAAAGAAUGACCUUAAAACAGAAGAACCAGAGAAGAAUAUAUAUAAAAACAAAGGCCCAGAUGAAACACAAGAAGUUUCUCCGAAGACAAAGAAAACGAAUUACACUUCGGCUCACCAGGAAACACACCAAGCACACCAAGCACACCAAGCACACCAAGCACACCAAGCACACCAAGCACACCAAGGACACCAAGGACACCAAGGACACCAAGGACACCAAGGACACAGAGGGUCAGUUCACCAUUCUCAAAGUGUCGCCAAGACUGUCAUCAAAAAGUCAAUAACCAUGUUAAAUUCUCCACGGGAAGAGCAGAGUAACACAACAGAACAAAAGCAAGAUAAAGAAACGACUAUAGCACCAUGGCCUUCAAAUGAGAGAGGAAUGAGAAGUGCCUCAUUUCUCACCCCAGCUGUUUCUGCUAAAACAUCAAGUGUCACCAAACAACCUCUACCAGAUGUUCCAAGACAAGAAGUGACACAUGCUGAUUCGAGUAUAAAAAUGACUAAGAAGUCAAGCUUCAGCUAUGACUCAGCUCAGACAAUCAUCCCUCCUCAGGAUUCACCAAAAAAGCAACAGAGCAGCCAUCAAAUCUGCUGUCAACAAAAAGUAACCUCUGAAGAACUGAACAGUAUAAUUCAUAAUGUAAUGACAUGGGUUGUGGCUGCAGUAACCAGUAUAUUAUACCCAGCCAUCACAAAAUAUGAAGAAAGGUUGCAAAGUAGUACAUACCCAAUGUCUGCUGGCUCCCUCCAGUCUUCAGACAGUUUGAGUUGCUGUAGCACAUGCAGUGAUACAUUUAUAUGGGAAACAACUAAGAUAUUUCAGGCAGAGCCCUGUAUAAAGGCAGCAGCUGACAGGUCAAUGAGGCAACCAGCCACACCUUUAAAGCCAUCUUCUGCCCAUAAAGAAAGAACAGUUGUGGAAAAAACUCAUCACAGGACAGAACAACCUAUAACCUCUGAAAUCAAACAUAGUGAGAUCUAUAAAGACCCCAAGAUCAAAGCUGAUAAGCCCGAUAGUAACCUUUUCACAUCAACUGAAACAGACACAAAGGAAUCUAAGAAUGCUACCACUCACACGGAUGACUUAGAAUGCCCAUUGUCUUCUGAUGGGAAAGCGAAGGCUAUAAGUGAGAUGCAAGAGUUAAAAAAUACCUUUGGUAACUUUAAAUGUUACCUAAAAGAGGAAACUGAGUUGAUUUUAGGAAGCAUUUUUCAAGAAAUGCUGUCUGAUUUAACCCAGCCCAUUCCCACCCUUCCCUCGGUUACGGCUAAAGUUUUGGUUGACACAACCGAUACUGACAAAGGAGACUUGCUGUCCAGUGGUGCUAUCUCCUCAGCAGCUGGUGAAAUUGUAGAAAAUGUGCUUGAGAAGCUACAGUCUGCAAUCGAGAAAAAAUGUAUUGAGGUAUUUUCACAAGAAGAUGUGUUGGCCCACUUUAAAUCAAACUUAAGAGCCAGCGGAGAAAAUUUCAUUUCCCCCAAGGAAAAAUCUUUAAAAGCUUCACUGAUGGCAGUGACUUUAGAGAACAUGAGUGAUAUUGCAGAAGACAUGGUUCACAUGAUUGUAGAAAAGCUGAUAGCUCUUGCAUCUUCUAAGCAAAAUGAACUUGCUCAUAUUGAAAACAUACAUGAACCUGCUUAUCAGCAACAAAUGAAACAUCCAAUAUGUACAUUCCUUCAGGGAGCCAGCAAAAGGAAAGCUAGUGCUGAGCCUGGUGCAGCCAAUUUGUUCACCAAACAAGAAAUACAAAAUAUGGUGUCAAGUAGUUUGUCCCAGUCCUCUCUGAUUGAUUACAUAAAGGAAGCAAUUGGCAUUGUACUAGGUCAUAUACAAAUUGGACUUAAUAAUGAUAGCCUUAUUGCAACUGAAGAAACGGUGGUCAUCCUUCAGCUACUUGAUGAUAUCUUGACUCAGCUACAUCGGAAACCAGUGAAAACAAACAUCCAGAAGAGUAGACGCCCCAGACUGAGCAGUCCUUCUGACACUGAAGAAGAGAACAGACUCACCGGCACUACAGUAGCUGAUAGUCGUCCUAGAUACGGGCAACAAUUUCCACCUGUUAACGUUCCUGGCAUGGCUCUUUAUUCCGAAGAUGAAAAUGAAGAAAUAAACAAAAUUGUGGAAAAUGUGCUGAUUUCAUCUAUCAGGGAUGAAAAAGCAAAAUUACAAGAACAGGUUCCUCAUCACUGGUCAUCAAGGGGAAAUGCUGGUCUUAAAUUCAAAAGAAAUAUCAACUCACCUACAGAGCCUGCUUGUCAGGGCAAAGUGGCAUUUCAGGAUUGGGGUUCAAAGAGUGACCUUAAAACAUUUAAUAUUAAAAACCUUUUUGAGGACAAGCCAUGUUUCAAUAAAGACAUUCGGAUUUUCAGCCAUGAUGAAAAGCAUCAAAUACAAAAAGCAUCGGAAAACAUAAUUACAAGUAUUUUAUUAGAAGUGCUCAAAGACAUAUCUUCUGUGUCCCCUGAUCACUUAGAUAAUAAAAAUGGUCAAGAAACUUCACUUCUUACCUCAAGAAAACCACAAGGUCUGUCACAUCAAGAGUGGAUGGACCAGAUGUUCUCUGUGUCAGAAAUACAUACAGUAGCUCAGGAAACAGCAGAUGUUGUGUUAAAAAUACUUCAUGUGGCUUCUAGUGACAUCACCAAUGCCACCAAACAUCCUGUUUCUUCAGCAGUACCAUCAGUGCACCAGACUUCUCUAGAUGAUGUUGACAUACCAUAUAAAGACCCAUUAGAAGUAUGGUUAGAGAGUAAGAAGAACAUGAAAUUUUUAGCAGCACUUGAUGUAGAACCUAUAAAACCUCCCUGGUUAGAAUCUGCAGAAAUUGAAUCAAUAUCUGAACCUAUAGUUCAUGUUGAUAAUAAGAUCACUCAAACAAUUUUUAAGAUGCUUAAGUCAUUUAUUUGUCCAAAAUUGCAAAAAUGCUUCAAACCAGAAAGCCAUGCUACCGGUUUGAAGCCGGCAUCUGGCAAGAAAUCUUUGUUUCAAUCUCAACUUGGAGCAUAUACAACUAAAGUGGUAAAAAUUGUUCUGGAUACUAUCCAGAAGGAACUGAAAUACAAUCAGAAAAAUCUACAUCAUAGGCAGAGGGGCCCUCCCAAGAACUUUACAGAUACAGGAUUUCUUGAUGACACAGAAAAGGAAUUUGACUAUAUUGUCACAAAGCUAAACAAUGACAUUAUGACAAGUUCAUUAGCAACUUGCAUUUGUGAAGUGUUAAGUGGGAAGACAGAUGAAAGCAAUGUUACACUCCCUUCAAAGAAGCAAAGAUCUAAAAUUUCAUAUGGAACUGCUGACAUUGAUCAACAAACAUUUUCUCCUUUUCAUUGUCCUCCUAAGCAAAAGGGAGUUCACGAAUUUUCCAGAUUACAAGUAUUAGACAGAAUUGGAGAUACCUUAUACGACAUGUUAUGCACACUCGUAGGAGACCAUUCGUGUUCUCCCCCAUCCGAUAAUGAGCCAAAAAGAGAGUGGAUUGAUGAGAAUUUGAGAACAACCACUGCAUUACAGCCUGAUAUUCAUCUCAUUUCUCAUACAAUUCUGGAAGAUAUUGUUACAAAAUUAUGCAGUGCCGAGAUGAAGAGCAGUUUCACAAGUUCAGACAUUAAAGCUAUCUCGAAGUAUAUUGACCUUGACAGCCUCUCAUUUGCUUCACUUAUUGAAGAAAUGAGCAGGUGCUAUGACAUAAUCUCGAGCAUGGUGUCCAGCAUGAUCCAGCAAGGCAGUCAAGAGGUGACCACCAAUGAGGAGAAAACUAGUGCCCCCAAAACAGGGAGCAUAAAAGAAAAGUGCCUAAAUAAACUGGAAGUCAUGACUUCAGACAUCCUUGAAACAGUUCUUGCUAAAUUGGAAGCGUUUGUCAAUAGAAAUUCUGAAACUCUGGGCACUAUCCUCAAUGGAGAUAAAAAGAGCAAGAAGACAGACUGGGAAAAGGAAAGUAGCAACAUUUGGGCUAACCCACUUGAACUGUUACAGUCUGCUUUACAAGUGCAUGCAAAGAAGGUGUCAAGUGCUAUUUUGAAGGCUAUUCAAACUGAAUUAAAUGUGAGCUUGCCAGAUUUGGAAACAUGUAUACACAAGCCACUACAACAGAAACAAAUGCUGAAGAAGCUAGUCAAUUUAAUUUUAGAUGUGAUGUCUCCAGAUAUGUUUGAUGAAACUGAACCCGAAGAGAGAGACAUUGAAAAUUACAAAUACAGGCCAACCUAUGGAAAUUUUCUUCCUGGAGGAGCUGGGCCAGACUCCUAUCUAGAAGAUCCUGAAGAUACAGGGAAAGAAAGUGCUGGGGCAGAACAACCACCAGAAGAAGAAACUAAAUCAGAUUCUCUUGCACAACAGAAAUUAGAAAGAACAUUGAAAAAAAUUGAAGUAGAACUCAAAGAGCCACAAAAGUCCCCAAUUGCACCCAUUAUAAGAAAUAUUCUGAAUAAAAUUUUUCAGAAUGAUUUAAUUGAUCAAUUAAAUGUACUUCCUUUCCCCCAGUCCCAUUUAUCUGACAUCUCUCAUGCUGGCAAUGAAUCAGUUACUCAAACAUCUGUUCAAUCUCUGGAUAAAACAAUGUGUUCUUUAGUGUCAGAAGCAGAUGUAACCAUCGUUUCAGGUGAUGUUGUGAGAACCGUAUUUCAAAAACUUUAUUCUGCUGCCGUGAUAGAUAGAAAUGCAAAUGAAAAUAAAUGUGACACUAUCACCAUUCCAGCAAACAUCUCUUUUCCUGAACAUGCCAGUGGAGGAAAGGCCUCUGUGUUUUCCUCCUUACUGGACAGAAGUCGAUAUACACUUCAGCCUACAUUCAACAUUGAAAAACUACCCAAAGGAAAUGUAGUUGAAGAUAUCAUACAGUCAGUAUUAACAAAUUUAGAAAUGUUUGCUACUUCCAAAGUAAAAUCUCUCUUUUGUCCUCAUAUCAGUUUCACAGUUCCAGUGACUUUGCCUUUCCAGCAGGAUAUGACUGCUUUAAGCCAACCAUGGUUAUCAACCAAAGAUUUAUAUUCUGGAGAUCAAUCUUCCUGUUGCUCAGUGGAUAAUAAUAAGUCAGGAAAGAACACCAUAGUAUGUCAACUGACUGUAUCUAAAUUAAAUAUAUAUGCGACACAAGUGGCUAGACAGAUUUUACAAGGAAUCAAACUUAAGUUAGAUAAAGAAAUUAAAAGUUCAUUCUUAACUCAUAAUGUUGUAGUUUCUGAAAGUAUUACGACUCAGAUUGUUAACACAGUGUUAGAUAUUGUAUCUACUAAAGGCAAGUAUGAAAAAUACAUAUCUGACAGAGGGUUUGAUCCAGGUUGGCCAAGAAACAUUGUAGAAGAGUUGCUCAAUAAAAGUGAUUAUCAAAAAAAACUUCAGUUCCAAAUACUAGAUACUGUUGGAAGUAUCUUAAGUGACAUUUGUGAGGAAGCACUGGAUGAGAGUCAUUUCUCACUCAAUGCAUCGAGUCUUAAAGGUAAUGUAGGUGGGAUACAACUAGGAGCAAAAUCUGGAAUGUUCUCUGAGUACGCAAAUAAGGCUAUUCCAACUCUUUCAGUUCCUGAGUCAUGGGUUGUUAUGAUUUCCAAUGAUAUGGUGAAUAUUAUUCUUCAGAAUCUCAGUUCUGCUGUCAUGCUUCGCAUAAAUGCAAAGGAUUCUAUUUCUGCAAGAUCGUCCUUGGCAUUGUCUGAUGCAUUUCCCAAAGCAGAGUGUCAACCAUCUCCUGUUAUGGACUCAUCCAAUGAAAGGAAUAGAAAGAGCUUUCUGUUACCAAGAAAGAUAAAAGGUGUACAGCUGAAAUCAGCUUAUUCUGAUGAUAAUCAGACAACUAUACUUAAGAAACAAGACACCAAGCAAUCUGCUCCUGACCCGUGUGAGGAAAAUGCUAACUUCAUUACUAAAGCUAUUUUCAAUAGGUUAAAAUCUUUUGCCUCAGAAAGAAUAGAUUUGCUGUUUACCCUUGAUUCCAAGACUAGGGAAAAACCAUUUGUCGGCCCAGAAUUUACAAAUUGUAAACAAGAAAACAGCAUAUUUCUUGAAUCACACCAAAUCCCAUCAGGCAUGAAUAGCCUGAAAAUAUCAACAGGUGAAACCAUUCUCAGAAAAGAGGCCACAGAUUAUGCAUUUUCUAAUUACAGAGAAAAACAUGGACCUGAAAUUCACAUAUCACAAGCUAGUCUUGAGGAAUAUGCUGACACCAUUGCUAGUACCAUUUUGAUACUUAUUAAACAUGACAUAGACCUAGAAAUCCAAAAGAUGUAUGCAUAUCCAAACAACACUUCAUUCCAGGAAAACAUCAUUGCAAGUGAAACUGUCAACAAUAUCUUGAAAUGUCUGCAUAAUAAAAUAUCUUUAAAAGAAAGUAGGUUUUACACAAAACAGAAAACUAUUCUCUUCACACAACAGGCUGCUGUACAAAAUGAAAUAUUGCCAGUUCGAGGAAAGAUAGAAGACAGUACUGAACUGUCUCUCUUGUCUGAAGAUCAAAACCAAAUUAUAACAGAAGGGGAAAACUUGAAAAGGGUUUUAGAGGAAAUAUUUAGAAAUGGAGAAUCCAGACAGGAAAAAGCACCUGCUUUGUUAAGUGCAGUUAAGAAAAUUUUAAAGAAGGUAUAUCAAAGGGUAAUGGAAGACAUAGGCCAUUGGCCUCCAUUUAAUGAACUCUCAUACUUUACAUCUGAUUCUAAAAUUAAAACAUCAUUAGCACACAAAAAGCCCUUGCAGUCACAUAUAAGCAGUGUCGCACAUGACAUAAUUGAAAGUGUUUAUGGAAAAAUGUUCUCCAUAGUUGUGACAUCCUUAUUUGAAAAUGAGACCAGGAGAGAAUCAGAAACAUCUGGCAGUGAUGAACGGCCCAUGAAUCCAUCAUGUUUUAAGGUAUUGAAACAAGCAGAAAAAAGAAAUGCUCCCCCUGGACGUGUGAUACUGAAAGCGCAUCCUUACACACGCAUUAAAAGUGUCACUUCACUAGAAAUUACCCUAUUGCAAUUUUCUCCAUUAAGAGUGGGUGAAGAAUUGGUGCAAAAGGUUCUCAAAAAGAUCACAAAUUUUGCUUUGCUGAAUCUUGAAGAGAGUUCAUCCCCUAAAGGUCGGUCUGAUAAAAUGCGAUCUCUGAGGCCAUGCGGUUCUAAAGCUGGUCCUAAGGGCAGCCUUAGGCCAGGUUUUGGGAAAAAAAUUGAAACAAAACCAAGAGCUACUUCUUUGCCUAAACUUGGAAUAAAACCACAGCUAGGAACUAGUGGCAUUAAGGCCAAAAGCAAGACCAAGUUAGGUCCUGGAGAGAAGACUCCAAGAGGCAGUCAAUCCAAGACUGCCAUUGUGCUGCAACAUCUACUGUCAACAGACGACACAAAAAAACCCUCAGUGAGAACAGAACUCCCCACUGGGGAGCUAAAAAUGUAUGCCAACGAUACAGUAUGCAAUAUUCUGGAAACAAUUAUGAGUGAAUUUCAAAUAGUAAAGCAAAACAGAGGAAUGGUCAAUUUAACAGCUUUACUUGCUAACCUACUUGCGACAGCAAGUGAAAUAGUUGAUACAGUUUUGCAAGGAUUAUAUGCUAUCAAGAAUAAUUUAUCAAGCCCAGUAAAAGGCUCACAUCUGGAUAACCUUAAACUUUCACAGAAUUUAAGUACAAUCGGUCUUGCAAGUCCAGAAGCACAUUUUUCUAUGGACAAUGUUUCCUCACAGCUAGAGAAAAUUUUUCCUAAAGAAGAUAUUUUUAAACAAAUGCUUGAUAAAUGGCAAACAGAAACUAGUAACAAAGAAAAUGAAAAAUACAAGCUACUGAUGGUAGCUGAGACUGUUUUGAAUGAAAUUUUAAUAAAAGCAAAAGAAUUAGAGCAGUCUGUUUCACUUUUAAAUUUGUCAACUCUUGAGGCUUACGAAAGCAGGCAACAUACCUUUAAAAGAGCUUCCACUAGAUCUGAGGAUUCACAAACACAGAUUAGUAUAUUUGGCCAAGAAAUUGUUGCAAUGCUACUCGAAAAAUUAGAGCUGUGCUUCUUGACUCCGAUGUUCAUAACAGACAGUAAAGAAACUCAAGUAAGAAAAAGACAAGCUCUAGGAAGGACAAACAGCACCAACAAUGUAGCAAUCUAUAAUGCAAAAUUAAAAGACAAAGUUUGUGUGGGCUCCGGCCACCAAAUUGCUCAAGAGAUCAUUGAAGGAAUUCUAAACACCUUAGAGUUGUUUGUAGACCUACAGUUUAAGCAUGUUUCCACCUAUGCUCUCUCUGACAUUGUGAAAAUACCUAUUGAAAACUUUUUUGCUGUCCAACAGAAACCAUCAACGAAAAAAAUAUUGCCAAAAUUACAACCACUGGAAAAGUUCCCAGAUGGAUCUAAGUCAAAUACUAUGAUUUCUCAGGAAAACAUACAGGAAACACUACGACAGCUUCAGUCAUUCCAUUCAGAAUUGCCUACUUAUACUGUUAAUACUGUCAAUAGCAUGCUUGGCAUAAUUAAGAACAACCUCGACAAAGAAAAACACCAAGUGGAACCAUUUUCGAUUAGUGUAUCCGAAGAAAACACUGUAAUAAGUCAGAUCAUUGGCACACUUAUGGAGCAGUGUAUGCAUGUCUGUGAUUCGUUGAUCAGAAAGCAUCCAAAAGAAAAUCUAUUUCAAGGAGCUGAAAAUGCCUACACUGUUAAUUGGGCCAAAUUCACAAAUGACAUGGAAAAGCCGACUUCAAAGUUAAAGGGAGUUAGCUGCAAGGAUGAUCCUCCACAAAUCCCUGACUUGGCGUUUUAUUCAGAGGAGGCUAUGAAAAGAAAGGACAGGGCUUCCUCAAAUUUACCUUCAUAUUUUAGAUACUCUGCGGGAUAUACAACUAAAACCACCGAUGCGAUGGGAAGGUGUGAAUCAGAACUUAAAUCAUCAUACUAUACAAGUGAUGCCCAAGACAUCGGCCAUUUUGAUCAAGCCAUGAAUGGAAACAGUCCUCUCCCCAAAGACAGUGUCUUACAAAAACUAUCUCACAAAUCCAGUGUUUCUGCACAACCAGCACUAGAGCACUCCAUGUCCUUUAGGGAAAUGGAAGAAGGUGAAAAACAAAGAAUGCUUGACUCAAACCAAAUACAGACAACUGUUUCUCCACUCAAAAUAUGUUUAGCUGCAGAAAAUAUCGUCAAUACCAUACUGUUGAGUUAUGGCCUUCCAGGUUCACCCACAAACACUAAUGAAAGUAUUGAAAGAAUGAAGCCAUUUUUUGUAUCGAAGGAAACAGCUUUCUCUGGGAUGUCUGAAGAACACAAUGAUGAGAAAGGCUUGUUUAAAAUAGGGGAAGAAAGAAUCACCUGUAAAACAGAAAAAGAAAACAAAACGCUUGAGGCAAGUGGAGAUUUCACUUUACUGAAAAAGUGGGAAAAGAAGUCCCCAUGGUUACAGAAAAUUGCAACCUUUGAAGAGGCUGAAGUCAUUGCUUUUACAGAACAAGAACUGGGACCAAAUGAAAUCCAUCAAGUAGCAAGAUAUGUUACUACAUCUCUGGUCACACGUUUCAAGAACUUCAAAACCAUUGGUAAGUGAGAGAUGAUUUAUAAAGAAUAGAUACAAUUUUAGGGAAGAAAUCAAUGAUAAUUUUAAGAAUUUUGUUUUUUCUCUCCUAUGCAAGAAGCUGCAUUCACUGGCUUGUGUGUUUUUCAACUGGUCAGCAUCCAAAAAGAAAAAAUGUUAUGCAUUUUCACAAUUUUUAUUUCGAGGGAUGUUGUUCAGUUUUCUCUAUCUACAGAUGAGAGUAAUCAGGAAUAAUUUAAAGCAGGAGAUUUUGGUUGGGGCACAAGGUAUGUUUAAAAUGAUAAGACCACUUUCCUUGUAUGGUACAUACAACUGCUCUAAAGGAAAUUUCCAAAAUGAAGUUCCAAGGGGGGUUUUUAAUGGUUGUUCAAAAAAGACCUCUUACAUUAUAGUCAGACCUCAUGUGUAGAUAACUAAUGGCAAAGUGAUGAUCCAAAUUCUUUUUGAGGUAUAUAGUUAAAGUCAUUGCCAUUAUUAUUGGCAGAGUUUACAAGGACAAUGGCAUUAAAUUUCUUGUUCUGCUCACAUUCCAGUGUCUGACAAAUUCUUUUUAGCUGUAAAGCCAUAAGCCCAUACUCACAGAGAUGGUAUUUGCGCUUCCUGUCUAUGAAUGAAUCCUUACAUACAUAAAUUGGAUUGAACCAUAUGAAAUAGCCAUUUCUGUAUGUCAAAAACUGUCAAACAUCAGCAGUUUCAUUCAGUUCAAUUUAAUAUAUACUAAAUAGGAUAAUUAGAUGAAUCGCUGAAAAUUUUUUCAAGGAUUAUAUGAGGUCUCCAGAAGUCAUUGGAAUCCUUCUAGGACACUGUAACACUAAAGCUAGAAAUCAUUUCUCGGCCUUAGGAUUUCCAGCUUCUUAAACACAGGUAUUCAAGGAAGAAACCAGCAAUUAGAGAUCACAAUUCUGCUAGGCUAUCUUUUUUUUUUUU